AUGGUGAAACGUAGCAAAAUCUCUUCCACUGAUGCUUGUCCCGAGUUCUUCAAGAUAUUUGCGCCUGAUUUGUGCUCUCAACGACUGCGAAUCCCACCAGCAUUCCUCAAGAACUUUAAUGGAGAUUUACCUCAAAAGGCUGUACUCAAAAGUCCCUGCAAACGAUCAUGGUGGGUUCAUGUGAAUAGCGUCAAUCAGAAUUUCUUUUUUCAAGAGGGUUGGGAGGAAUUUGUGCAAUAUCAUUCUUUGGAAUUUGGGGAUAUUCUAGUUUUUUCCUACGUUGGUACUUCAAAGUUCUAUGUUAGUUUAUAUGGGAAAAAUAGUUGUAAAAAACUGGCUUCCCUUACAAGGAAUGAUGUCAAGUCACUACCACUUGUCAAAGGGAAUCAGGCAAUAGGACCUGGCCCAGGCAUCAGUAAGCAGGUUACUCAAUUGACUUCAUGUUCGAGGGUUGAGAUGGCAAUUGAAGAGAAUGAUGGAGAUCUUGAGGCAGCCAACAAAUCCAUAUCCACAAAUCCUUCCUUCAAACUUGUUUUGGGGCAAGCUUAUAUCAGCAAGGGGAUUGUAAGUAUACCAUCGAGCUUUCGCAAGAACUACAUGGAGAAAGUGAGACCAAGUGCUACGCUUCAGCUUUCUAAAAAAUCAUGGCCUGUGAAAUUGAAUUAUCGUCAUGGAACAGUCCAGUUUUGUCAAGGUUGGCUGAGAUUUGUAAAAGAUAACAAUCUCCAAGAAGGAGAUGUUUGCUGUUUUGAGCUGAUUGGAAGAAACAAUUAUGUGAUGAAAGUUUUUAUUUCUAGACCACGAGCCUAUCUUGAACUAGACAAACAAAGAGAAAAGAAUAUCGUGAGACGUAGGGGUCGUCCACAGACGGUCUGUUCCUUUGAUGAUUGUCCUGAAUUCUUCAAAUUCUUUUUGGCCGACCAAAGCUCUGAAGAUAUGCGCAUACCACCAGCUUUUCUUGAGCAUUUCAAUGGACACAUACCAGAUAAGGCCAUCCUUAAAGAUCUUGGGGGGAAGUAUAGGCAUGUGGAUAUGGAAGACGCUGAAAAUGGAGUGUUUAUUAAGAACGGUUGGCAGCAUGUUGGGAGUGGUCAUUCUUUAAAGCUUGGAGACUCCUUAUUCUGUAGAUACAAUGGAAAUUCUUCAUUCACUGUUAGGGCAUUUGGUACGAAUGGAUGCAAAAAAGAAGUAACUUUAGCUCUUGGGAGUGUGGUCACAGGUGUAAAAAUUGAAGAAAAGACUGAAGAAGAACGGACUUCUCCCAAGCCUUCUAAUAUUGGCAAGCACAAGUACUGCAAACAGGAGAUUGAAGAAAAGACUGAAGAAGAACGGACUUCUCCCAAGCCUUCUAAUAUUGGCAAGCGCAAAUACUGCAAACAGGAGAUUGAAGAAAAGACUGAAGAAGAACGGACUUCUCCCAAGCCUUCUAAUAUUGGCAAGUGCAAGUGCAAGUACUGCAAACAGGAGAUUGAAGAAAAGAAGACUUGUCUGAAGUGCUCUCGUAUUUGCAAGCAAAUGUGUGCAAAAGUUGAUAUUGAGGAGGAGACUGAAGACGAGUGGACUUGUCCCAAGCACUCAUAUGAGAAUAAGCGAAAAUAUUCAAACAGAGGCAUGGAAAGAUGUAAGUUAUCAAAACGUUAG